AUGGCUGACUUGCCUCCGCGACGCAUCUCUUCCGUGGCCGCACCCUCGCCCAUUCCGCCCCCCCCCCCUCUGCCACCCUCCAAAGACAAGGCGACCUCCUACUUCUCGCGCUUCGUCACCCAGCCUCUGACGACGGCGUAUGGCUCGCGGCCUCCCAGCGCGCAGACAAAUCGCCCCGACGGGGGGCGUCCAAAUCCGCUGGUGCCAAGACUCCCCGGUAUUCGCGCUGGUUCGUCACAAGAUGCAAGCCAUAAGACGGGUCUCGAUAUUUCAGCCCUCGACAUCAACCGUGACAGGACCCACGCAAUUCUUGCAGGAAAGGAAAUCCUGAAAACUGUCCGCGUACAAGAUGCCAAGAUUGUCGAGGACACCAAUCUUCGUUCCGCUGUAAUUAACUAUGCAGAACAUAAUACUACUGGUGGUUCGCAUGCCAGGCAGCGUGACGGUCUCGGUAUCCAUGAUGUUAAAUGGUCGCAUGGACAAUUCAGCACGCAUAUUGCCACCGCCGCUGCUAAUGGUAAAGUCAUUUUGUACGACCUCAACCGUGCCGGCGUUGAAUUGGCCCGGCUGCAUGAGCACACUCGCCAGGUCCACAAGAUUGCCUUCAAUCCUCACCAGGGCUACUUGCUGCUUUCAGCAAGCCAAGAUGCCACUGUCCGUCUGUGGGACUUACGAGACAUGAGGAAGGACAUUAUGACCUGUCCUAGUAGAGACCAGUACCCAGGCAUCAAUUGUGGCAUCCGAGACGUCCAAUGGUGUCCCACUGAUGCUGUAGAGUUUGCAUUUGGCACUGAUAAUGGGACCAUACAGCGCUGGGAUUUCCGUAUCAACAAAGGCCCCAAGCAGAAAAUCACGGCCCACGAUCAGCGAAUAUGCACCUCGAUUGACUGGCAUCCAGACGGAAAGCACCUCCUCAGCGCCAGCGUCGACCGGACGGUGAAAGUCUGGGACUUUUCAGUGAAUGAUAGACGACAAAAGGCCGCCUAUGUACUAACUACGCCGUAUCCGGUGUACAAGGCUAGGUGGAGACCGCCAUACUGGUCGGACGAGCAUUACGAGAAGGGCGUCUAUCAGUGUACCCAAUUGGCCACAUCUUACGACCGCGAUCACCCGGUAAUUCAUGUCUGGGAUUUCCGGCGCCCAUACUUACCGUUCCGGGAAAUCAACAAGUUUCACAGCACGCCUUCUGAUAUGCUCUGGCACUCGCGUGAUAUCCUCUGGACCGUUGGGCGAGAGGGCGUCUUCCAACAAAAUGACGUCCAUCUUGCUCCUAAGGUCGUGGAUCGUCGUAACUUGCAGGCAUUUGCAGUAUCGCCAAGUGGCGAGGUUGGCGGAUUUGUCCAGAAGAGACCACGGCGUCGGCGCUCGGGCCUUGAGUACUCGACGACCACGACGGAUGACACCUAUAUUAGCGAUUCGCGGGGAGACAAGCGGAGCAGUCCAGAGAAAAGUAGUCUACGAAGCUCUGCAGAUGACAGUCUAGACGACAGCUUUCUUAGCUCCUCACUCAAGAGGCACCAUGGUCGCACUGCAAGCAACAGAUCGGCCAAAUCAUUUGGCAGCACUCCGCCCUCGGACGUGGCCCCAAAAGUCGUUUAUCUGACUGAUUCGAUGGCCAUACAUAAUGAGUCUUUCAAGCCGAAUCAAGUUUCUUUUCGGGGAACACUACCGGGUGUGAUGAGUGUCCAGGUUUUUGCCUAUUUGGCUCAAAAGUACAAGGCAAUUGCUCUUCCAGAUCCCCCAACGCUCGAGGCUUUCCUCGACCAACACCAUGUUUUUAACCAAAACGCCGAGUAUGCCCAAAGAGCCGCAUUCUACAGAUUGGCUGAGACUUGGAGGAUAGUUGGCAUGUCUAUAGCAGUUGCGACAAGGAGACGCGCAGAAUUGCACAAAAGACGUCGGAUAGAACACAGAAAGACCGCAACCCCAGCCUCGUCCGACGUUAGACUAAAAUCAUUCUCCGAACAGCGAGUGCCACAUGACAUCCAACAGUCUCUAUUGCCAACAAACCCUGCGGUCCGUGCCAUCUUAGGCGCUAUUGACAAGCCGCAAGAAAACUCCGGCACGAACAAUCAACAUGCUGCUACGACCGCAAAUGAGAGCACUUCAAAUUUAGCUACCCCACUCGCCCGACCUCUGACGACUUCUUCUGUCUCGGCAGCUGACACACAGCAGCAGCUUAGCCAACUCCCUGACCCCGAUGGUGACGAGGAAGUGAUUCAACUACCCCCAGCAGUUGCCGGACCGCACUCUAGUCGGCACCAUGCCUCGGAGGAGGGUCCGUCCCGGUUUUCCGAACACACUCAUCAGUCCCUCGUACCACCAAAAGCAAGUUACCCCAGCUUUAGUGGACCGCACUGGUACCAAUCCUCUGAUAGCCUCGACGAGCGUCGGGCUAUGAUCGGCAGUUGGCGGGCUCCUCCCCGGGCACCGUUCAGCCUAGAACCCACAAACACACAGGGGAUUGACAUCAAAAUUCCACGACUGGACCGUCAUGACUCGGACGAGAGCUUUGCGAUGUUCUCUGCGUCAACUGAUUCGCAGCAGGGAACGUCGAUGCCAAGCUCUUUCGCGAGUGGCAAAUCACACUCUCAAGGCGGUAUGGAGUCAAUACCAGAGAAAUGGACACAUCCUCUUGCAGACUCGAGUUUUGGAAAUCCGCGGCCGAUAGCACCAGGCAGUAUCUUGAACCAACACGCACCAGGGAUUGAGAACCUUGGUCAAAGUGUCCAAAUAUCGCCCACGACAAUUCCCAUUGGCAAGGAUGACCCUCGCCCUGUGCGGAAGGAUCAGGGUAUUCAGCAAGGUUCGGCCCGUAAUGGCGCGGGCCAUACCGUGGAUCACGACAGCAGAGAGAAAGCGGUCCAGGAUAUCGAGAAGCUGCGCAGGAACAAUCAACUUCUUCGCCACGAUAGUUCCGAAUCCGAGGCGUAUACGAGCAGCCGAAGCGAGGUGUCUGUGUCGAUGGUGGAUUACAGUUUGGACAUGGAGGCUAGUGGCACGAUCGUCCCUGAAGUUUACGAGGACCUAAAAUCCCCAAGCCAGAAACCACCCACCAACCUGAUACAUGUCUCGGAGAGUGCCUCUCCGGCACUUGAUUCAACAGCCGAAGACCCACUGCUAUUGUCAGAUUUUCAGGCUAUGCAUGAGGAUGCAGAGGAGGGAUCAGCGUUCGCCGUGAUCGGCCUGCUUAAGAGCAUUCUAGCCUUCCACACGAAUAUGCUGUCAGAUGCGCAGACCGCUUCUCUUUUGCUGCUUCUUCUCGCACCUCUCCUGCCACAGACGCAUUCUCCGUCUGACACGUCUGACAUUGAUAUUGCAGAAGUCCUCUCAAGCUUCUCGGAUACAUUCAUUGCACUGGGUCUGACGCCGACACAGGCUCAGACUGUCCUUUCAACCCAACUCACCCAGCUAAUUGCUACAGGAAUCAACCCCUACCAGGCAGAAGCGAUUCUUCAUACCUACCAUGCUCAACUGCACAGUCUUUCACUCUUCAACUCGGCUGCCUCGUUGCGCCGACUCACCUAUCCUACCUAUCCUGCUGUCUACGAACAAGCGCUCAAAGAUACACAAUUAGGUCUCUUAUGUUUGAGUUGCAAAUCUCCAAUCAAUAAUCCGAAGGACAAGAUGCGUUGCGAGACUUGUAAACGAGCCCAAGCACCAUGCUCCAUCUGCUGGGGUCGUUAUCCAGCCUUUGAGCCUGUCUCUGCAAAGAAAAGGGCCAAGGCCAAAUUUCGUUCCAGCCUAAAGGACAAAGAGCAUAGGAGAAAGCGCUCAUCACUCAUCUCGCACUUAGGUUUCGAAAAGCACGGUAAUUAUGACGACCCGUCACCGAGUAUUCCAGAGAAACCCGCUCCCCCUAAAGCAACGUUAUGGACCUGGUGUCCGCUGUGUGGCCACGGCGGCCACAUGAACUGCCUUUCUACGUGGUUCUCAGAUCCUGUUCUAUCUGACGGAGCCUGUGCAACCGAAGGAUGUCUUUGCGACUGCGUACGCGGCCGGCGACGAGAAGAGAAAAUCAAGGAAAUACUGCGCAUAAAGGCGGAAAAAGACCGGGCGAGGGUCGUCCGAAAAGGCGACGAUUGGAAAGUCAACGAAAGCAAGGCCGUGUCUGCCGUCCGAGGUGCACUCGGUGAACCAGCAGGUCUCGCAACACAACUUCGCGAGCAGCCAGGAGGCAUAGGCACCUUAACCUCGGGAGGAGCAGGAGCUAGUAGAAGGGAUGAGGGGAGAAGAGUGCGCGUUGUCGUGCCUCAGGAUCAGAUUGCCUCGCAUCCUCCAUUCCCUCCACACAACGCGACCACCGGCAGAAUGCCAAAAUACUAAUCUCAUUGUCAAUGGCUAUUUCAUCCCUGCUAUCACCGGGGCUGAACCCUGACGCACUUCUCCUCCGUUACCGGCCUUCAACUUUCCACUUCCAUAACUGCAGCAGCAAUGAGGCAAUAACCUCAAAUCCUCGUGGAUCCGGAAUUGGUGUAGUGUUGUGGUUGCGGGUGGCAUCCUGUCUGCUGUGCAUACAUCACACCGCUUUCUCGUCUCGCUCCCGCGAUCCUUCCAUGACGCCUGUGCCAAGACUUGACCGCAUGCGUGCCUGCCACCCAUAAAAAGAAAGGUGGAAAACGUGCCGCAUUUCCCCGGCAGGCUUGAGGCUGGACUGGAAUGAGUGGUACCGGGACGACCACUUGGGAGUCAUUAUUUUCUUUUUUUUAAAAAUUUUUUUUUUUCAUUUCACGGAGGUUAGGAAGAUUGCGGCGGACUUGGAAGGGCGGAUUGUUUGAGGAAGAACGAGUUUUUU